GUCAUUCAUCGUGAAUUGAUGGGAGCAAUGCAAUAUUUUGAUGAUUUGCCUCAUUCUCUAAGUAUCGAAGCAUAUGAUACCAUUACCAUUGACACGAGAUGGACGAAAACGUUUGGAAAUGCUGAAAUGACAUGAGAUGUGAAAAAGACUUGACAGGAAGAUUCACGUCGCUCAAAACCAAAAUGACAGUAGACAACGACAAUAGAAACAUUUACGCAUAUUUCAUCAACGAAAUAUCAACAGAAUUUUGGAUAUGCUCAGACCAAACCAAUGAGGUUGGUGCGGCCCAUGUGGAAGAGAGUGAGCUGGCUGGAGAGGGCUGCACAGCCUGCGUCUUGUGCUUAGAGUACAAGGUAACUAGGCUGUGCAGUCCAUGCGGCCAUGCUAAUAUGUGCACGGCAUGCUGCAAUCAUUUUGUUGCACAAGAAUGCCACUAUUCAGUAACAAACUCUGACGGAAGCGUGGAGGUGACAGAUAUCCAGUUACACACUACAGUCCUUUUGUAGGGCGAUAAUAGGGCAAAUUAUUAGAGUAGUUAGUUAUUUUCUUGGUGUUUCUUUGUAAUAUAGAGAUGAUUAUUCAUAUUCGGUGUAAUAAAAGAUUGUUU